CAAACACCGAUUUGAGUCUUUUUUAGCGACAACGUUCUGUAGUUCCCUUCAGUGAAGGGUUAGCAACGGACUUGCAGAAUUUAUGUCAUUAGAGAUUUAAAAUCAACGUCCUCAUGGAUGCAACUGCAAAACCGCUAAGAAUCCCACCUCAAAUGGCCAUUUAUGCCGAAAAGCAUGAAAUAUUUGAUUUGGUCCAGAUACUUCUUAAAAACUUGAUGGUGGACAAGCCAGAUGAUCCCAUUCAGCACCUGAUUGGUCUUCUCAAGAGGGGUAGUGUCCAGGUACCAAGAGUUAUGCUGUUGGGACCUCCAGCCUCAGGGAAAAUAACUAUUGCCAGAAAGCUGUGUGAACACAUUCAGGCCAUCCACAUCAAUACCAGCAACCUACUGAUGGAGGACACUGACCAGACCAUGCAAGCGCUGCAGUACAAAGACAAACAGCAGGAGAUUCCAAGUGACCUUUGGAUUAAGCUGAUUCAGCAGCGGCUGUCAAAGAUUGACUGUGUGAGACGGGGCUGGAUAAUGGAGGGGAUCCCUCGCACUCAUCAGGAGGCUUUAUCCAUUCAGAAAGCUGGCAUUUUCCCAGAUCAUGUCGUGAUGCUGAAGGCCCCGGAUUCAGUGCUGAUGGAGAGGAGGCACGGCAAAAGGAUUGACCCUGUCACUGGAGAUGUGUACCAUGUGACCUUCAUAUGGCCAGAGGACGAGGAGGUGGCAGGGCGUCUGGUGCCUGAGCAAACCAUCUUGACAGAGCAGUGUGGGAGUCAGCUGAGGCAGUACCAUAGCGAGGCUCACUCCCUCGCCAGGAUUUACCACAACUGCCUCAAGACCAUUGAUGCUGACCAGCCUCACACUGACGUCUUUGACCAGGUGUUAAUGUACGUCUUAUCCAGACACCGCUCCGUGGCCCCACACACACCCAGGAUCUUGCUAUUUGGACCUCCAGGCUCAGGAAAAAGCCUGCAGGCAAAACUAAUCUCCCAGAAAUACAACAUAGUUAACCUGUGCUGUGGGGAGCUGCUGAAGGCUGUGUCAGCUGAUGAGACCAACAUGGGAGAGCUGAUCAAGCCCUACCUGGAGGCCGGACAAAGAGUCCCAGACAGCAUGGUUCUGCAGGUCAUGACGGAGCGUCUGAGCAGGCUGGACUGCACCCUGCGGGGUUGGGUCCUCCAUGGUUUCCCCAAAGACCUGGAGCAGGCAGAGAAGCUGCAAGAGUCCAACUUUAUUCCCAGCAGGGUUUUCUUCCUGGAGAUGACGGAGGAUGUGGCCCUGGAGAGGGUGAGCCUUAGGUCCAUCGACCCAGUCAGCGGUGAGAGGUAUCACACAAUGUACAAGCCAGCUCCCACCCCAAAGGUCCAGGCCCGCCUGCAGGCCAACCCCUUGGACAGUAAGGCCCAGCUGCUGCAGCGCUUGAGGGAGUACUGGGCCAAUGUCCCGGCCCUGCAGAGCCUCUACCCCGAAGCCAUCCACAUCAACGCCGAUCAGGACCCACAAACCGUGUUCGAGUCCCUGGAAAGCCGCUUGGUGGGACGGCUGCCCAACAUCCCGGCAGUGCGUGGUCAGGGGGAAGACUAAGGAGAGGUAAUGCCUGUGGUCUGGGAGGGGUCUAGCUUCUGCCUGUCUGAGAAGGAGAUUGAGACCUGCUCCCCCUAGCCUCACCUACUCCUUGUUUCUGAUGUACCACAACGUCCAUGUAUGAGGUUUAAAUGUUGUUGUGGUUGUCAGCAAUUUACACUAGCCGGUAAACUCAAGCAAUACGUCAACAAAAAGUAGUUGUCUCGUUAAAUGGUUUAAGAAAUAGCAAUGUUUGCUCUAUUAUUAGAAGCUAAUAUGACAAAUAUUCAUUUUAGAUAUAUCCAAAGGCAGUCUGCAGGGGUUGCUAGUCCCUACUCUGUCAAGUCAGCUGUGUAAAUGUCAUGAUAACAUCUUUUACCAUUGAUGUACGACCCUUGGAUUGGAAAUUAAUAGUAAAGGUUCUUAGACAUCUU